AUGGGGAAGCAAAAGAAAACAAGGAAGUAUGCGACCAUGAAGCGGAUGCUUAGUCUCAGAGAUCAGAGACUAAAAGAAAAGGAUAGAUUAAAACCUAAAAAGAAAGAAAAGAAAGACCCCAGUGCACUCAAAGAAAGAGAAGUCCCCCAACAUCCCUCCUGCUUAUUCUUUCAAUAUAACACACAGCUAGGCCCACCUUACCACAUCCUGGUUGAUACCAACUUUAUCAACUUUUCCAUUAAGGCCAAACUGGAUUUAGUGCAGUCAAUGAUGGAUUGUCUCUAUGCCAAGUGUAUCCCUUGUAUAACUGACUGUGUAAUGGCUGAAAUUGAGAAAUUGGGACAGAAGUAUCGAGUGGCUCUAAGGAUCGCCAAGGACCCAAGAUUUGAACGAUUACCGUGCACACAUAAAGGAACCUAUGCAGAUGACUGCUUAGUACAGAGAGUAACUCAGCACAAGUGUUAUAUUGUGGCCACAGUUGACCGGGACCUUAAACGAAGAAUCAGGAAGAUCCCUGGAGUUCCCAUCAUGUACAUUUCUAACCACAGGUACAACAUUGAGCGGAUGCCAGAUGAUUAUGGAGCCCCUCGGUUCUAA